ACAAAAAAAACAGGGUGACUGACACGUUUCCAAUGAUUGGGAACACAUGCUGCAUGCUUUAUUUUUCUCAUUUCGUCUUCUCAUCCUGCAGAGGAAACAUCAUGAGGCUGUGGGCCGUGCUGCUCUUUGCGCUCAUCCCUCACACUUCAGCUGCAGAAGAGUCGUGCAUGGGCCGCUGUGAGAAUGGCUUCGACUCUGCGAAGAAGUGCCAGUGUGACACCAUGUGCAAGUACUACCAGAGCUGUUGCUCCGACUAUGAGGCCACUUGCGGCAAGAUAACCCGAGGAGAUACAUUCGAGUUCCCGGAAGAUGACGAUGAAGAUGAUCUUGAAAGCACCACGCCACCGUCAGGGCGUCCCACACAUGGGCAGCAGCCAGAGGACAUCUCGGACUUUGUUCGCAUCCCACAGCAACAUCCAGAAGCCACGUUAGAAAUGAACAAACCUCCACACAGGCCUCUGAGAACAACCGUUGCACCGUCAGUGACGUUUCCCAGUAGCACCAAAGGCAGUCAUACCCCUGCUGAGACCACCACAUCUCCAACAAUACCUCCAAAGACACCUACUACCACUGUGGUCCCAGAUCCCGAUGCUGAUGUCUGCAGCGGCCGACCCUUUGACUCAUUCAUGCAAUUAAAGAACGGCUCCAUCUAUGCCUUCAGAGGCGAGUACUUCUUUGAGCUGGGCCAGAAGACAGUCCUGCCUGGUUAUCCCAAGCUCAUAAAGGACGUGUGGGGCAUCAGCGGGCCCAUCGAUGCUGCUUUCACGCGGGUCAACUGCCAGGGCAAAACGUACAUCUUUAAGGGAAACAAGUACUGGAGGUUCGACAACGGCGUGUUGGAUGACAGCUACCCUCGGGAUAUCAGCGUCGGCUUUGAUCAGAUUCCGGAUAAUGUGGAUGCAGCGUUCGCUCUCCCCGCUCACAGCCACAACGGCAAAGAGAAAGUGUAUUUCUUCAAAGCGGAUCGCUAUUACGUUUACGAGUUUUUGCACCAGCCAUCACACGAGGAGUGUGUCACCAUGUCGGAGAUGUCUCCCUCCACACUGUUCAGACGCUACACCAACAUAUACUCCAACAACUACCACAGAUUUUUCAGCGAUCUCUUCUCUGACUUGCCGCAGCAUCACAGCAAUUACCACUUCAUCGACAAAGACUGGAAAGGACUGCAGUCACCAGUGGACGCCGUCAUGGCUGGACGGAUUUACGUCUCUCCACGCCGUGUCCAGCCGGACCAACAGUGGAGCCAACAGUACCAGCAGUAUGGACAGCAAUACAGAAGACAGUAUGGACAGCAGUAUGGACAGCAGUAUGGACAGCAGUAUGGACAGCAGUAUGGACAGCAGUAUGGACAGCAGUAUGGACAGCAGUGGGGGCGAAGGAGGCAAAACCGCUCACCCUUCUGGGAAUCCAUGGCUGAGCGAGGCAUGAACAUGGGCCAACAUUUCGCAGAAAGGGGGAUGGAAAUGGGUCUGAGACUGGCUGAGAGGAGAAUGGAGAUGGAGGAUAGGCUUGGACGAGACUGGAGCAGACAGUGGGAUCAGGACUGGGACCAGGACAGGUGGAGAGACAACAACAGAGGCAACUAUGACUCCAGAUAUAGGAAUGACAGAUCCUAUUGGGACCUCCCUGUACAGAGCGUCUACUUCUUUAGAGGAGAUAAAUACUACAGAGUGAACCUCAGCACUAAGAGAGUGGACCCGGCCAUGCCUUCCUACCCGAGAUCCAUCGCCAAGUACUGGCUUGGUUGCUCAGACCCAGCUGGAGCAGAGAAGAAGUAACCUAAAGCAGUGUUAAGUAUUAAAAGGUAUAUUAGCAGUAGGUAAUGUUAUUGUGUAUCAGCAGGACUCCAUGUAGCACACAAGCAGUCAUCAGAGGUGCAAAGUCCGGCUGACUCACUUCUUUUAUUAUCAUAAUAAUACUAAAGUUGUUUCUGCGUAGCAAGCAUUAGUCACAUUCAUUACUUUGAAGAGGUACUCUUUGGAAUAGAGACAGGAAAUAACUAGAAACUGCAAAAACUGCGUUAAAAUGCCUUGUCCCCCUUCAAUUCCAAAUACAGUACUUAUUCAUA